AUGCCGCCAUCGACAAGAGCUGGACAUACGGGAAGGGGCGAUGAUGAUCAAACGACCACAAGCAAUGGACAGGAGGAAGGAUGGCUCACGCAGGUAGUCAGGAUCCUCCAGCUGGCGAACCCGGCACUAUCGGCAGAGGAAGCAAUAGUACGGGCCAUGGGUCUGGUCAACAUUAGCAACCAAGCUCCACGCGGGGAGACCGAAAAGAUCCCCAAGGACGUAUCGAGCUCCAUUGCUCACAUCAAGAAGCUCAGCGAUAGCAAUUGGCACACCUGGGAACCCACCUUUAUCGACUGCCUCCAGAGAGUGCAUAACGCGAAGGAAAUCCUGUAUGGUACCGUUGUACCCGGGAGCGAGGAAUACGAUGAAGACCUAGACAAGGCACUUGUGGGCCUCAUCCACGCCUGCUGCGAUAACAGCCCGGAUAGCCGCAUCGACACCUACACCGUCAGAGGGGUGGAUGAAGAAGUUCAACUUGGUAGCACACUCUAUGCCAAACUCAAGAAGGCACUAACACUAAACGACGCUGUAAAGCGAGCAGGACUGCAGGAUCGUAUCCACACAGUGCGCUUGCACAAUCGAGACGUUGUCAGACUAGGCAAGGAACUUGAUUCGAUCUGGAACGAUGCGGCACGCCUCGGAAAGCGUUUCGACGAGGACCUCAAGAAAUCAACUCUCUAUCGCUGCACGGCUCAAGAUUGGUUCUACGCCAACACCGUCGAUGCACUGAAAACGGCCAAACCAGACUGCAAGUAUGACGAAGCCUACCAUGCACUGGCCAAGAAACAGCAGGAUGGUGAGAUCACUGGUCGUAUUAGAGGAGCAGCAAGGGUCGCCACAAACGCGGAACAGGGGAGUGCCAACCAGGCGGAGCAAGGACCCAGGGGAAGGCGCGAUCCUCGCAAUCCCUUGGCCCCUCCAAAGUGCUAUGCUUGCGGAGGACCAAAUCACAUUGCUCGAAAUUGCACAAACGCACGAGGCACAAGCGAACCUGUCGCUCUCGACAGGGGCGAGCGAUCAGCAUGCGACACCUGGAUCAUCGAUUCAGGUGCAACCCAUCAUAUGGUAAAUGAUGAGAGAAUGCUGCUCACCUCAACGAACAAGGUCGGCCAAAUCAGUAUGGCAGGGGACGAAAAGCUUCAGGUGAAGGCUAUAGGAGAUGCCUCCCUUCGGGUCGGUGAGGCCACCAUCCAACUAUUGGAUGUGCUUUAUGUACCGAAACUGAAUGCUAACUUAUUGUCCGUACAAGGCUUGAUCGAGAAUGGUGCACGAGUAAUCUUUGAUGAGUUUGGAACUACCAUAAAGCAGAACGAUGGUACCCAAGCACAAUUCAAAAGGGACAGAAGACAGGGCCACUUCAAAGUGCGAGGACAAGCACUGGCUUUGGAACUGGAGGAAACACGAGAUGGCGUCCCAGAGGACAACCAGAACACAGGAAAACUAGAUAAUGCCCCAGAGGGCAAUAAGGACACGAAGCAUCGAGACAGCUACCUAUGGCAUGAGAGGUUCGGACACCCAGGACGAGACAAAACGAGACAAAUCCGGGCCCAUUACCUAGGUACCGAUGAGGAAAUGGAACAUGAGUCGAAGCACUGCAAUGCGUGCAGUCAAGGAAAACAGACUCGAGCACGGAUGAGCCAAUCAGAGUCGGAAAGAAUGGAGGCACCAUUAGAGCUGGUACACGUAGACCUGAUGACAGAUUUCAAAGGACAUGCCAACUACCACUAUGCACUAGUUGCUGUGGACGACUUCUCCUCUCUGAUCUACGUGGAACCACUCUGCACAAAGAGUGCUGCACUCACGGCGCUGAGAAGGUGGAUAGCCAGGAUGGAACGGGCAACGGACAGGAAACUCAAAACACUCCGCAGCGACAAUGGAGGAGAAUGGUGCAGCAUAGCAGCCGAAGACUGGCAAACUCAAGAGGGUUUUAAGUGGCAAAAGAGCGUCCUGGGGAUCAGCGUCCAAAAUGGACGGGCAGAGAGAGCAAUCAGAUCGGUCCAAGAAAAGAUGCGCUCGAUGCUGAUUGGUCGAGCUUGCCCUAGAGAGUUGUGGCCGUACGCAAUCACAGCAGCAGCACACGUGAUGAACCUUACCCCGUCAGCCACCAAAACCAUUCCCCACGAGGCCUUCUAUGGAACCACUGCGCACAAGCUGGCCCAGCAACUGCGAGUCUUCGGAUGCUUGGCAUGGGUUCAUGUUCAACAGAAGGACCAGCAAGGCAAGCACGGAGCUAGAGCAAAGCCAGCCAUCAUGAUUGGGUAUGACGACGAACACAAAGCAUGGAAGUUUUGCAACCCGGACCAGCCCGCGUCAAUUCAAUGGAGCAACUCAGCAACGUUCCAUGAGGACAAAGGAUGGAGUGAUCGCCAACAAGAGGCAGUCAGGCCCAUGGUGACCGUGGAGGUCGAGGAGGAGGGUGUCACGCCAGCCAUAGUAGAGGAGGAGACCAGAUCAGAGACUGCAGUGGAGGAUCUCCUACCAGCCGUAGACAGCACAGUGGGUGCCGCCAACACAGCAAUACUGAACCUGGACCCAACGCUUGGGGAAGCAAUGAAUGGUGAGGACGCCCAGCUCUGGAAGGAGGCAAUACGAAAGGAGCUAGAAGGACUUGAGGCAAUGGGGACUUGGGAGGUGGUGCACCAACCACCAGGAGUACCACUUGUGGACUCUAAGGUUGUGCUUCGGCUGAAGCUUGAUGCUGACGGUGUACCUGUUAAGCACAAAGCGCGACUGGUUGCAAGGGGCUUCACACAGAGAGAGGGGAUCGACUACCAAGAAACCUUCUCUCCAGUAGCACCCCUCGGAGCGAUCAGAGCCAUCUUAGCACUAGCGGUGCAGAACAACUGGGAGGUACAUGCUCUGGACAUCACUAUGGCUUACUUGAACUCCACGUUAAAGGAAGCAAUCUACAUGAAGCCGCCAGAAGGAUCAGGAGUAGCACCUGGCAAGGUGUACAAGGUAGUCAAGGGCCUAUAUGGCCUAAAGCAGUCUGGGCGAGAAUGGAAUCAGGAGUUCGACAGGUCUUUGCGACGCAUGGGAUUCUUCCAGGUAGAGUGCGCUCCCUGUAUCUACACCAAGGGACAGGGUGAAGAUAUGGCCAUUGUGGUCAUCUACGUCGAUGACACAUUAGUCAUAGCACCACGGCUGGAAACGGUCCUAGAGGUUAAGAAGCAGAUUAGUCAGAGAUGGAAGAUGGAAGAUAGUGGUGAGGUCUCUCACUUCUUGGGCAUCAAAAUCAGUCGAGACCGUGCGAUGCACACCAUGACGAUUGGUCAGUCAGGGUACAUCGACCAAGUGCUGGCGAAGCACCUGGACAAACGUACGAAGCCAACCAUGGUUCCAAUGCAGAGCAUACCGGAGGGAACCCUUGUCGCAAGCGCAGCACAACAGAAGGAGUAUCCGGUGAUUGUUGGCAAGCUGCUCUGGGUUGCCAACAGCACCCGGCCCGACCUUAGUCUCACCGUGGGUGUUCUCGCUAGGCACAUGCGUGAACCAUCGCAGGAGCAUUAUCAGGCAGCACAAAGAGUCUUAUGCUACCUCGAAAGCACAAGGCAGGUUGGAUUGGUUUAUAGGGCGAGUGAGUCGCAAGAGCCACUGGUUGCACACAGCGAUGCAAACUGGGCAAGCGAUGCCACCAUACAGAGAAGAAGCACAUCGGGGUCAGUGGCAUUAGUGUACGGGAACCCAGUAGCCUGGAAGUCAGCGACACAAAAAUGCGUGUCAUUGUCCGCUGUCGAGGCAGAGUUCAUUGCAGCCACGGAAGCAACACGUGAGGUGCUCUUCCUCAAGCAACUGCUACGCUCAAUUGGCAUUGCCACAGGCACACCGACGGUCUACUCGGACAACACUGGUUGCAUACAGGUUAGUAAGGACCCAGCACAGCACUGGAAGCUUAAGCACAUCGACACCAAGUAUCACUUCGUCCGUAACAACGUACAAGAGGGAAGGGUGCAGAUCAAGUACGUAGACACCACAAGAAACUUGGCAGACGUACUCACGAAGCCCAUUGGGAGGCAGGCAAUGCAGCAAGCAAGAUCUGGGCUACACCUGCAAAUACCGGCAGCAGUGUACGGAACGGGGUCCCCGAGCUAUGCGACAGUGUUGAAGAACGGAGGUCACACCUUGAAGCAACAGCAUAAUGAACAGGGUACAUAUGCUGUUGAGGGGGGGAGUUGA